AUGGCCACCGUCGGCCCCGUCCUGUCAAGAAGCGUCUCGAUUAUUCCCUUACCCCGUGCGCACAGAAACGACAACGACCGCGGCUUUUCGACAAGAACCGAGCCGCAACCCAGGCAGGCCGAUGCCGGCGCAACCGAAGCGGUUGAACCUCCCGACAAAGGGCGGACGUUGUGGUCGGACAUUCUCUCCUUCCUGCGCGGGAGAUAUGGUGUCAGGGGGCUAGCUGGGCAUGUCAAGCCCCUCAAGCCGGCAAAGCCGACCAAGAACGGGGAUGUCGCACUCGUCGGUACCGAUACCUCGCCCGCCUCGACCCAGCCGGCUCCCUCGGAUUCGCAAGCCGACCAAACACUGGAAGGCCAGGAAGUGGAACUGGAAGCCGGAGACGACGAUGGACGAAUGAGCUCAGAGGCGAUACGAGGAUCCAAUGAUGGCCCCGCCACUCUCAACGAGAUCUGGGAGAUGUCAUCCCAUGUGGGUAGGAUGCGGAUUUCCUCGGAUGUUGAGCGGCUUGUCGAUCAUUUCGGGCCGGUAGAGCUAACGGAGGACCAAUACGCGGAGGUGGAUAGAGUGGUAGCGGAGAUCCCAAGAUAUUCCAGGUGGUCAAGGGGCCGGUGGAAAGCGCGGUUGACGAUGUCCUUUCGUACGAGGAGUCAGUCGUAA